AUGUUCUACCAGGUGUCUGGCUUGGCCCCGGUCCUGGUUGGGACUAUAUCUCGGCCCACCUACACAGAAAUGGAGUCUUUCACCCACACAUCCCAGGGCCUGUCUCACACCUCCAUCCUCCUCAUAGUGGUGGGCAUCAUCGUCUCCUUGCUGGCCUUCCUGGGUAGCAUUGGGGCGUGGUCCGACAGCCGUCUGCUCCUUGGAUUGUUCACACACUUCCUAAUGCUGAUCCUCAGCCUGCAGAUAGUGUCUGGGAUUCUCUUCUAUGUCUUCAGAAACAAGAUAAAUAUGACUCUGCCCGGCUGUCUCAAUCUACUGCAGUCUUGGAUGAUCACUGUGGAGAGAAGGAUCACACUGAAAGUCAAUGAGGUGAUCAUGCAGCACUGCCCCAGGGAUAAGGUUGCCAUCGAUGACCUACAGCAUGCAUUCCGUUGUUGUGGUGCAGAGAACUACACUGACUGGCUCCUGCAGGGCUCUCGUGAGAAUAUUAGUUUUGUGCCACACUCCUGUUGCCAUGUGGAUUCUGUGGCCUGUGUGAAAGUCGUCACCACAGACAACAUCUACCAGAGGGUCAAUGUUAACCAGCACAGGGGAGGGCGAGGGGGUUACAAAGGCCUUAGAUGA